CACAACAGCAGGUCGCGACGUCCCUGUCAACUCCAGGAGUAACCGGGGUCUGCGAACAGGUGCCGGGAGGAGCGACGCCGAGCUUUUACCGUAUCCAGAAAUCAUUUCGAAAGAAUUCCCAAGUUUGCUUUUAUUUUAUUUUAUUUUAUUUUUUUUUUUCGAAAGGCGUCAAGUGGCACUUUGGGACACAGAAGGGGAAAGGAUUUGUGGAGAGUAUUAAAGCAACUGAGGCGUCCAGGUUUCCGAGUCGGUCUCCCCUGACCACCUUAACAUGGCUUCAACGACUUGCACCAGGUUUACUGAUGAGUACCAGCUGUACGAGGAGCUGGGAAAGGGAGCUUUCUCUGUGGUGAGGAGGUGCAUGAAGAUUUCCACAGGGCAGGAAUACGCUGCCAAAAUAAUCAAUACCAAGAAGCUGUCUGCCAGGGAUCACCAGAAGCUGGAGCGAGAGGCCAGGAUCUGCCGCCUGCUCAAGCAUCCUAACAUAGUGCGGCUCCACGACAGCAUAUCAGAGGAAGGAUUCCACUACCUGGUCUUUGACUUAGUUACCGGUGGUGAGCUCUUUGAGGACAUUGUUGCUAGGGAGUACUACAGCGAAGCUGAUGCCAGUCAUUGCAUUCAGCAGAUCCUAGAGGCUGUUCUCCACUGCCACCAGAUGGGCGUGGUCCACCGCGACCUCAAGCCUGAGAAUCUGCUCCUAGCCAGCAAGUUGAAGGGGGCGGCGGUUAAACUGGCAGAUUUUGGCCUGGCCAUUGAAGUGCAGGGAGACCAGCAGGCAUGGUUCGGUUUUGCCGGGACACCAGGGUACCUGUCUCCAGAGGUGCUGAGGAAAGAUCCCUACGGCAAGCCGGUGGACAUGUGGGCCUGCGGUGUGAUCCUCUACAUUCUCCUGGUGGGAUAUCCUCCGUUCUGGGAUGAGGACCAGCACAGACUCUACCAGCAGAUUAAAGCUGGAGCUUAUGACUUCCCUUCUCCAGAGUGGGACACAGUGACUCCAGAGGCCAAAGACCUGAUCAACAAGAUGCUGACCAUUAAUCCGGCCAAGAGAGUGACUGCCACAGACGCACUCAAACACCCCUGGAUCUGUCAACGCUCCACUGUGGCGUCCAUGAUGCACAGACAGGAGACUGUGGAGUGCCUGAAGAAGUUCAAUGCCAGAAGGAAACUCAAGGGUGCUAUCCUGACUACUAUGCUUGCCACUCGCAACUUCUCAGCAGCCAAGAGCCUGCUGAACAAAAAGCCAGAUGGUGUCAAAGAGUCCAGCGAGAGCGCCAACACUACCAUCGAGGACGAGGACGUGAGAGCUCGGAAGCAGGAGAUCAUUAAAGUCACCGAGCAGCUGAUUGAAGCCAUCAACAACGGAGACUUUGAGGCCUACACGAAGAUAUGCGAUCCUGGCCUCACGUCCUUUGAGCCUGAGGCCUUGGGCAACUUGGUGGAGGGAACCGACUUCCACCGCUUCUACUUCGAGAACGCUCUGUCGAAGGGGAAGCAGCCGAUCCACACCAUCCUGCUCAACCCCCACGUCCACCUGAUCGGGGACGAGGCCGCCUGCAUCGCCUACAUCCGCCUCACCCAGUACAUCGACGGCAACGGCAUGCCUCGCACCAUGCAGUCGGAGGAGACCCGCAUCUGGCACCGCCGCGACAGCAAGUGGCAGAACAUCCACUUCCACCGCUCCGGCUCGCCCACCGUGCCCACCAACUGAGAAGACGAUCUUUGACUACCAACACCUUCCAGCCUACAACAGUCAGCUGACAAGACCCCGCCUACCAAGUGUCCAUCCAGUCCCUCAGCCAAUCCCUGCCCAUAAUAGCUAGAGCGCCGCCCUCUCAGUGUGUUGUUUACAUAUUGUCGCUGCUGGACUGAAGAUUAUUGUACAUGUUAGGGGGGGGAGGGGACAAAAAAAAAAAAAACAGACCACAGGUUUGACAAUAUUAUUUUGUAGUGCGAGUGUGUGAUGUUCAUCACGGAGCAUGUUUUAUUACUGAGGUUUUUUUUUUGUUUUUUUUUUUUUUUUUUUUUAGAUCCGUAUGUUUUAAAUAGAAGUGGCUUUCAGAGGAGCCAGUCGUUCCAGUUGAUUUGUUUUUAAUGGGCUGGUCAAAUAUGUGAAACUUCCAGUUAUCAUAUAGUGAGAGGUUUUUUUUUUCCCAUUUGAAUAUUGCACAUAUUGAGGACUCAUGAGCUGUUGUGAUGUUUUCGCCUUUUGGCACGAUGACCAGUAUAUCACAUAUCUGCUUUUUACUUACGUAUCUCUUGGGACUUGCCAUCUAUUGAAGCUCAGACCCAUGCUUGCUUUGUUUCGGUGGUGUAUAGGUUUUGGUAAUUGACGUAAAUUGCUCUCUCUCUCUCUUGGCUUAACCUUUAGCAGUAUCCACAUGAUCUGAGUUAGCUAAUUUUUUUUUUUUUUUUUUUUUUAAUCUGUUUUCUGGUUUUGCCGUUGGCACUAAGUAUGUUUACUAGGAAUUUUAACUACACGUUUAAAAGGGACAAAAAAAAAAAAAAAAAAAUCAGUGGAAACUUACCUUUUUAUUUUGUCUGUCUGAGCAUCUGUCAUCACAGAGCAGCAUCCGAGAAGA